AUGAAUCCAAGUUUCUUGAUCAUCUCUUUCUUUGCGAUGAUCUUCGUGAUAAAGCUGUACUUCCGGCGGCGAACAUCGGCGGCGAUUCCGCCGGGGCCGUACCCGUGGCCCGUCAUCGGAAACUUCCUCCAGGUGGGCAAAAACCAGCACGUGAAGCUCGCCGGAAUGGCCCGUACCUACGGGCCGAUCAUGUCGAUCCGUCUCGGGUCGCGGCUGGUGGUGGUGGGCUCCACCGCGAGCGCCGCCGCGGAGAUACUGAAGACCCACGACUGCCACCUGUCCGCCAGGCACCUCUCGUACACCCACCCCGCCUCCAGCCCGAAGGUGAACCAGUACGCCGUCGGGUUCGCCAGGGAGUGCAACGAGCAGUGGAAGUACAUGCGGUCCAUUUGUCGGGCCGGGCUUUUCUCAACCAAGGCCGUCCAAUCUCAGGCCAAGAUCCGAGAAGCAAACGUGUUAAACAUGGUGAGAUAUCUGCAUGCAAGAGAAGGCCAGCUCGUGAACAUGAGCGAGGUUGUACUCGACGUGGUGUUGAACACGAUGACUAAUAUCUUGUUCUCCGAGGAUGUUUUCGGGCUCGGGCUCGGGUUCGGGUCGGGCCGUAAGGGGUCUGAGUUCAAGGAGCUGACCCGGCAGUACCUGGAUUUGCUGGCCACCGUUAAUCUGGCGGAUCUUUUCCCAAUAAUCAACGGUUGGGAUAUUCAGGGCCUGCAGAAAAAGGUUAGAAUUAUUAAUGACAAAAUCUUCACAAUGUGGCAGAAAAUUCUCCAUCAAAGAAGAGAACAAAGAAGUCAAGGAAUCAUUCGGGCUCAACAAGAUUUCCUCGAUUCUUUACUCGAAAUCGGUCUCACCGAAAAUCAUAUCAACCACUUGUUAUUGGAAUUGUUUCUUGCGGGGACGGACACGACAGCGACGACGAUCGUUUGGGUGUUCUCGGAUCUGAUAAAAAACAAACACGCAAUGUCCAAACUCCGCGACGAAUUCGCUACCAAAAUCGGAAACGAAGCCGUGAUUAGGGAAUCGGAUGUUAUGGAUCUUCCGUAUCUACAAGCAUGCAUAAAGGAAUCGCUACGAUUGCACCCUCCAAUCCCGUUUCUUCUCCCCCACAAGGCGAUCCAAACAUGCAAAGUGAUGGACUACACAAUCCCGAAGGGGACUCAAGUCAUGAUCAACACAUGGGCAAUGUCCCGCGACCCGUCGGUAUGGGCCGACCCGACCCGUUUCGAUCCGGAUCGGUUCUUGGAUUCGGGCGUGGACUUCAAGGGGAAAGACUUUGAGUACAUCCCGUUCGGAUCGGGCAGAAGGAUGUGCCCGGGAUUGUACAUGGCCGCUCGGAAAGUUCCUUAUGUUGUGGCGUGUUUGGUUCACGAGUUUGAUUGGUUUCUUCCGGGUUACGAGGAUCCGAGCGAGCUCGAUAUGGAUGAGGUGUACCUUCUUGCACUGAGGAAGAAGAAGCCUCUUGACCUAAUUCCUAGAGCUUGUAAGAAAAUGGAUUAA